AUUACUACAGUGGCGACGAGGAUUAACCCCCACGGCCAGGGUAAAGCAUGGCGACGCAAGUUGGGCCGCCUAUUUUUGACGAAGGGGACGACAAGUGGGAUGCAUAUCAGGUGCGAUUAGAAGCUUUUUUCGAAGCCCACGAGAUUGUCGAUCCGAAGAAGCGUCGGGCCUUACUUGUUGCCGCCCUUAGUACCAAGACUGUAGAUCUCCUGGCAGGCCGUUGUGCGCCUAACAAAAUUCAGGAUCUGACGUACGAAGCAGCAGUUCAAAAACUGGCCGAGUAUUUUGCACCGAAAGGCAACGAGAUAGCGGAGUCUUAUCAGUUUUUCACAAGGAAUCAGCAAGCUGACGAGUCGACAAGCGACUUCAUUGUCGAGCUACGGAAAAUGGCUAACAGGUGCAAUUUUGGCCAGGCGCUAGAGAGAAUGCUGCGUGACAGGCUUGUCUGCGGUCUACGGGAUGCUGGAGUGCGUCGUAAUCUGCUAGCAAGGCACACGCUCACACUGCAGGAAGCAGAGGAUGUGGCGCUAGCCGCUGAGAUGGCUGCACGCAACGUACAACAGAUGGGAGAUGGGCCAAUCAGAGAGGGCGUCCACGCAGUGCGAACGAAGCAAGAGCGGCAGAAGUUCUCCAGAAGACCACAGCCAGACAGGAUGAAAAAUUCGAACAAUGAAGUACAGACCGGCUGCCUUUGCUGCGGAAGCGACACCCACAAGACCGCCAAAUGCAGGUUCCGCCGCGUUGAGUGUUUCUCUUGUCGGAAGAGGGGACACCUGGCUUCAAUGUGCAAUUCCAAGCCACACCAAGAAAACGUAGCUCACUGUGAGGAACCAUCCUCGGACAGCGAGGACUACGGACAGUUCCUGUUACACCUCCGUGAGUCGUCGACAGGACUGGUUCGGCCGAUAUGGCAAACGUUACAAUGGAAAGGGGUGCCUGUGAAGAUGCAAGUGGACACAGGGUCACCAGUGUCAAUAGUGACAUGGCCAACUUAUGCCCAGCAUCGCCACCGCUGGCCCAGGCUCGACAAGUCGUCGUUGCAACUGAGUUGCUUCCUAGGGAGACUACCAGUUAAAGGGCAGCUGAAAGUUCCUGUCACCUACGGUGGAAAAACCGCCAACGCGACGCUAGUAGUGCUCGGCUGCUCAGGCCCAAACCUGUGUGGGCGAGACAUCAUUCAAGCAUUCCAGCUGACUGGAGGCUCAGUGCUCAACGUGGACGUCAACGACGGAGCACUUCCGCGCAGACAUUCGCCCGGACAACCGGUGUGGUGCAAGGACUAUAGGGCAGGUGCGAGCUGGAGACCCGGAGUGAUACAGAAUACCAGGGGCGCCCGCCUGAGCACGGUCAAGACGGAGGAUGGGGAACUAUGUGAGCGUCAUGAAGAUCAGCUACGACACCGCGCGGAUGCUCAGCAACCAACAUCGCUGGACGAGGAAGGCGCUGAAAGGAACGGAGGAUUAGCCCCACCAAACGAAGAUGCAGACCCUCUGGCGGGCUUUUCGGGUACCAGCCCCAAUUCCUCGGCUAGCGAAGAGCACGAAACGGGAGCUGCCAACACUGGAGUCCCGGAAAAGCACGACACGGGUACUGCCAAUGCUGGACCUCUGGCAGUUCCAAUUCGCAGAUCAAACCGGCGUCGCAAGGCGCCAGACCGUUUCCAGAGCUCCUCCUAAGGGGAAGGAAUUGAUGUGAAGUCAGCCGUUCACGCACGCCACGAGCG